CUGCACAUGGAAGGAGCGCUGACAGCCCGGGACAAGGUUGGGGUGCAGGAUUUUGUGCUGUUGGACGCGUACACCAGCGAAUCUGCCUUUGUGGACAAUCUUCGCAAGCGUUUCAGCGAGAACCUCAUCUAUACAUACAUUGGGACUCUCCUUGUGUCCGUGAAUCCAUACCAGGAGCUCGGAAUCUACACUAUGAACCAGAUGGAACUCUACCAAGGGGUCAAUUUCUUUGAACUGCCACCACAUGUCUAUGCCAUAGCUGACAAUGCUUACCGCAUGAUGUGCUCGGAGCUAAAUAACCACUUUAUCCUCAUUUCUGGAGAGAGCGGGGCAGGGAAGACAGAGGCCUCUAAGAAGAUCCUCCAGUAUUUUGCAGUGACCUGCCCCAUGACCGAGUCACUACAGAUAGCCCGUGACCGACUGCUGCUCUCCAAUCCGGUGCUGGAGGCUUUUGGAAAUGCCAAAACACUCCGGAAUGACAACUCCAGCAGAUUUGGAAAAUACAUGGACAUACAGUUUGACUUCCAGGGCAUUCCCGUAGGUGGGCAUAUCAUCAGUUACUUGAUAGAAAAGUCCCGAGUCGUCUAUCAAAACCAGGGUGAGCGGAAUUUCCACAUCUUCUACCAGCUACUAGCGGGUGGUGAAGCGGAGCGCCUCGCUUACCUGGGACUUGAGCGAGACCCCCAGCUGUAUAAAUACCUCUCACAGGGUCACUGUGCCAAAGAAUUAUCUACUAAUGACAAGAACGACUGGAAAACUGUUUGCAAUGCCUUUUCUGUCAUUGAUUUUACAGAAGGUGACCUUGAGAAUCUCUUUGGGAUUAUUGCCAGUGUCCUACACCUGGGGAACGUUUGUUUUCAAGAAGAUGACCAAGGCUGUGCCGCCAUCCCGGACACCCACGAGAUCAAGUGGAUCGCCAAGCUCCUUGGGGUCUACCCUUCGGUUCUUCUGGAAGCUCUCACCCACAGGAAGAUUGAAGCCAAAACAGAGCAGGUCAUAUGCCCGCUGACACUCGAACUCUCUGUGUACGCCAGGGAUGCGAUGGCUAAGGCUGUUUACGGAAGGACAUUCACGUGGCUGGUCAACAAAAUCAAUUCCUCCCUAGUUAACAAGGAUUGCACCCAAAAAACUGUGAUUGGAUUGCUGGAUAUCUAUGGGUUCGAAGUCUUCGACAAGAACGGUUUUGAGCAGUUCUGUAUAAAUUACUGCAAUGAGAAACUCCAGCAGCUAUUAAUAGAGCGGACUCUGAAAGCAGAGCAGGCCGAGUACGAAACGGAAGGCAUCGAGUGGGAGCCGAUUCAGUACUUCAACAACAAGAUCAUCUGCGACUUGGUAGAAGAGAGACACAAAGGAAUUAUAUCCAUUCUGGAUGAAGAAUGCAUCCGCCCUGGUCCUGCUACAGACUUGAGUUUCUUGGAGAAACUAGAAGAGAAAGUGGGCAAGCACGCACACUUCCAGACAGGAUUCUUGGAAAAAAACAAUGAUCUUCUUUACAGACAUCUGAAAGAAGUGCUGUGCCGCUGCCAGAACAGUAUCCUGAGGGAGUGCUUCCUGGUGGCUGAGCUGGAGAACCGGCGGCGGCCGCCCACGGUGGGCACUCAGUUCAAGAACAGCCUGAGCAGCCUCCUGGAAAUUCUCAUCUCCAAGGAGCCUUCGUACAUCCGCUGCAUCAAGCCCAACGAGAGGAAAGAACCCAGCAAGUUUGAUGACUUCCUCGUAAGGCAUCAGAUCAAGUACCUGGGGCUGAUGGAGCAUCUACGGGUGAGACGGGCUGGCUUUGCGUACCGGCGGAAAUAUGAGCAUUUCUUGCAAAGGUACAAGUCCUUGUGCCCCGACACUUGGCCACACUGGCACGGGCCUCCAGGAGAGGGUGUGGAACGGCUGAUCAAGUACAUCGGCUACAAGCCCGAGGAGUACAAGUUAGGGAAAACCAAGAUAUUCAUUCGCUUCCCCAGAACUCUGUUUGCUACUGAAGAUGCCUUUGAAUUUAGUAAACAUCAAUUAGUUGCAAGAAUCCAAGCCACAUACAAAGGCUGCCUAGGAAGGAGAGAAUACGUGAAGCAAAGAGAAGCAGCCACCAAACUGGAGGCUCACUGGCGUAGAGCCCUGGCUCGCAAGGAAGUCAAAAGGAGAAAGUGGGCCGUGCAGAUAAUAAGAAGGUUCAUCAACGGAUUCAUCAAUCGCAACAAACCCCUUUCUCCUGACAACGAGGAGUUUCUAGUGUUGGUGCGCAAGAAUUACAUCUUGAAUCUCCGGUACCACGUCCCGAAGAAUGUCUUGGACAAGAGCUGGCUGAAGCCUCCUGGCAUCUUGCAAACUGCUUCGGAUCUGCUCAGGAGAAUGUGCACAAGGAACCUGGUUCGGAAGUACUGCUGCGGGGUCACAGCCGAGUGGAAAGCCAUGAUGCAGCAGAAGGUGGUUACAAGUGAAAUAUUCAGGGGAAAGAAAGAAGGCUACGGAGAAAGUUUAAAUCAGCCCUUUGCGAACACUCGGAUAGAUGAAGGAGACAUUAAUCCCAAAGUGUUCCAAGUAAUGAGCAAUGAGAAAAUCCAGUAUGGUGUCCCAGUCAUCAAGUAUGACAGGAAAGGCUUCAAGGCACGGCAGCGGCAGCUCAUCCUCACUCAGAAAGCAGCUUACGUGGUGGAACAUGCCAAAAUCAAGCAGAAGAUCGAGUACUCAGCCCUCAAAGGUAUCUCCACUAGCAGUCUGAGUGAUGGAAUCUUGGUCAUUCACGUCUCACCAGAGAACAACAAGCAAAAGGGGGAUGCCAUCCUCCUGUGUGAACAUGUAUUUGAGGUGGUUACUAAGCUCGCCAUGCUGGUGAAGAAGGAGAACCUUGUAAAUGUUGUUCAAGGAAGUUUACAGUUUUCCAUCGGCCCUGGGAAAGAAGGCACAAUAGUUUUUGAUACUGGACCAGAAGAACAAAUCUAUAAAGACAAAAAUGGGCAGCUAACAGUGGUGUCGGUGCGGAGGAAGUCUUGAUGCUGGACCACAUCUGAUUUCUACCAAUCCUGUUUUUGCUACAAUUGCGGAAAGCACUGGAGAAGCAGGAAUUUGACCCAGUUAGCUAUGUCUGCAAGAAAAAAAGCCAGUGGCUCCUGGGACAGCAUCACAUCUGAAGACAUAGAGCAUCAUGCUCUGCCAAAGCCUGACCCCAGUUCUCAGCUGCAGGUGGCACUGUAUUAAAAUGUCUUCUUCUGGAAGCUGACCUCAAGUUGCCCAAUGGGGUCCUUUUAAACAUCACAGAGAGGACCUCUACUUGAUGGGCACUGCGACAUGGCACUGUCGGGUGUGCAGCAGAUGUUCUUCCUUUGUCAAGCUGCCCUGAGACACAAUGAAAUAUGACAUAUGAUCUCAGAGGAAGUAAAUGAUAUCUCUCAUAAAGCUGCACAAUUUGGAUGUUUCUUUAAAUAAACGGAACUUACAAGUUUCAAGGAACUGGCGUACGUUUUUCUCUGGGCUCAUCAGGCGCCAGGUGGUGAGUGGAGUUCCCCAGCCCCCCAUAUUAAAUCAGUGGCAACACCAGCUGACUCAUUCUGCUUUCUUAGAAGGCAGGCAGCAUCUUCACCUGAGACUUCCUUUUGGUGUUAAA